AUGUCGGACUACAGCGAAGCUUGGCUGACUGGGCCUUCCGACACACAGUUCUACGCUCGAACCUACGAGGCAGCAGACCCCAAAGCGGUCCUUGUGUUUGUGCAUGGGGCCGCAGAGCAUGUCGGCCGCUUUGCUCAUAAUCAUCUCCUCUACGCAAAACGAGGCAUCAUGGUGUUCGCGUACGACCGGCGUGGGUCAGGUCGAACGGCUCUUGACCAGGAGCACAGGAGCGCUGAUUCGAUGUACGGCAAGACAGACUGGAAGAGUGAACUCAAGGACAUGGAAUGGGCUAUUCGGCAUGUGCAGAGUACAUUCUCUUCUCUUCCCGUUUUUCUCAUGGGUGAUUCAUUGGGCGGUGGACUAAUACUGGGAUUCGUUGCCCGUGAGGACGCUCCAAGGGACGUUCUAUCGAUGUUGUCAGGCGUCAUCAUUGCUAGCCCGACCUUGCUCAUGGUUGAUCAGCCGCCGAGGCUGAUGCGCUGGAUUAUAAGUCUCCUUUGUAUCGUAUCUCCCAACGUGCAAUUUCCUUUCAGGAACAAUGCUCAGAACUUGUCACGCAACCCGGAAACGAACGAAGCAUACAUCCGAGAUCCUCUCAUCAGAACAGCUGGAUCUGUCAAGAUUGUUCGCGACUUGGUGACUGAGGGAGAGGCGUUGCUCGAGAAGAACUAUCAAUAUUGGCCUGAGGACAUGCCCGUCCUCUUUAUACACGGUACAGGAGACAAAAUUACCAUGCACCAGAAGACUGUUGCCUUUUAUGACAGUCUGUCGACCAAGGACAAGCAGGUGAUCUUAUAUGAGGGAGCUUUCCACGAAUUGCAUAACGAACCAGAUGGAGUUGCUGAGAAGAUGGUGGAUGAUUGCGUGAAGUUCAUGGAGGCGCAUCUGGGACAUCGGUUAUGA